CUCCCUCCCUACCUCCUUCCCCCGCCCGCCCGCCUGCCGCGGCGUGUGUCAGGCAGCCAUGGAGCUGCUGCCGCCGCCGCUGCUGCCAGCCGCCGGUCCCCGGGCAGCAGCAGCAGGAGCAGCAACAGCAGUAGCAGCAGCAGCGGCCGCGCCAACGCCACCAUUAGCGGCACCCAAGGGAGGCGGCAGCAGCAGCGGCGGCGCCUCCGCCGGCAGCGCCUGGCGCCGCUGGGCACAGUGACAGCGCCCUCCCGGCCCCGCCGGCCCCCGCCUCCCGCCGCCGCUUCGCCGCCUGCGAUGCUCAGUUUUCCCCAGAGCAUAUGGGUUUGCAACUCCACGUUCCUGUUCAGAAGUAACUUUGGCUGGAACCAUGCAUCCCUGUCUGCUUGGAAAUCCACAGAGGGCUUGUUGUUCUAACAGCUGGGAUAAGUCAUGAAACGCGUACGCACAGAGCAGAUUCAGAUGGCAGUGUCCUGCUACCUCAAGCGCCGUCAGUAUGUGGACCCAGAAGGUCCCCUAAAACAAGGGCUGAGGCUGUGUCAGACUGCUGAAGAGAUGGCAGCUAAUCUCACAGUCCAAUCUGAAUCUGGUUGUGCCAACGUGGUGUCUGCAGCUCCCUGCCUGGCAGAGCCACAGCAAUAUGAAGUACAAUUUGGACGAUUACGCAAUUUUCUCACAGAUUCAGAUUCUCAGCACAGCCAUGAAGUGAUGCCUCUUCUGUAUCCCCUCUUCGUCUACCUCCAUCUGAACAUGGUCCAGAAUGGCCUCAAAAGCACAGUGGACAGUUUUUACAGCCGCUUCCAUGGCAUGUUCUUGCAGAAUGCCAGCCAGAAGGAUAUCAUUGAGCAGUUGCAGACUACCAUGACUAUUCAAGAUAUCCUGUCCAACUUGAAGCUCCGGGCUUUUCUGGACAACAAGUACGUCGUCCGCCUUCAAGAGGACAGCUACAACUACCUUCUUCGCUACCUCCAAAGUGACAACAACAACGCCCUGUGCAAAGUCCUGACUUUGCACAUUCACCUGGAUGUACAACCUGCCAAGAGGACUGACUACCAGCUCUAUGCUGGGGGCAGCUCUUCACGCAACGAGAGCAACGGCCUGGAGCCCAGCGAGGUGCCAGCUUCCAUCCUGCAGAACGAGGCGGCGCUGGAUUUACUGCAGGACAGCAUUAAACGUGUCAAGGAUGGGCCCCCUUCCUUAACCACCAUCUGUUUCUAUGCCUUCUAUAACACAGAGCAGUUGCUGAACACUGCAGAGAUUUCACCAAACAGCAAGCUGCUGGCUGCUGGGUUUGAUAAUUCCUGUGUCAAGCUCUGGAGCUUGCGUUCCAGGAAGCUAAAAUCUGAGCCCCAUCUCGUUGAUGUGUCCCGCAUCCACCUGGCUUGUGACAUCCUGGAUGAGGAGGAGGAAGAGGACGACAGCGCCGGCACAGAGAUGAAGAUCCUCAGAGGACACUGCGGGCCCGUGUAUAGCACAAGGUUCCUUUCGGACAGCUCGGGGCUCUUAUCUUGUUCUGAGGACAUGUCCAUCAGAUACUGGGACCUGGGAAGCUUCACAAACACCGUGCUCUACCAAGGCCACGCUUACCCCGUUUGGGAUUUGGACAUCAGCUCCUGCAGCCUCUACUUUGCCAGCGCUUCCCACGACCGCACGGCGAGGCUCUGGUCCUUCGACCGCACCUACCCGCUGCGGAUCUACGCCGGGCACUUGGCAGAUGUGGACUGUGUCAAAUUCCAUCCCAAUUCCAACUACUUGGCCACAGGCUCCACCGACAAGACCGUGCGUUUGUGGAGCACCCAGCAAGGCAACUCCGUGCGCCUCUUCACCGGGCACCGCGGCCCCGUGCUCGCCUUGGCCUUUUCCCCCAACGGGAAGUACCUGGCGUCAGCAGGGGAAGACCAACGGCUGAAGCUGUGGGAUUUGGCCUCAGGAACUCUUUACAAAGAGCUGAGGGGACACACGGACAACAUCACCAGCCUGACUUUUAGCCCUGACAGCAGUUUAAUUGCUUCAGCCUCCAUGGACAACUCGGUGCGGGUCUGGGAUAUUCGGAACACGUACUGCAACGCCCCUGCAGAUGGCUCUUCCAGUGAACUGGUUGGUGUAUAUACUGGACAGAUGAAUAAUGUACUGAGCGUACAGUUUAUGGCCUGUAAUCUUCUUCUAGUGACUGGAAUUGCACAAGAAAAUCAGGAACAUUAAUUUUUUUGCUGUUGUUGUUGUUGUCGUCUUAGGGAAGUGGGUGGGUGUACUGAAUGCCAGAGUCCAUUGCAAGCUGAGAUUACUGACUGUGAAACACUUUUCUUCCUCUGCCCCCUUGAAAGGCAGGUUCAGAGUGAUGCUUUGAAAUGUUUUUGCCCUCCAAAAGGCUGUGCUGUUGAAUGGAAUAAGGACAGAGGAGUGACAAAAAUGCAUACGUGUUCCAAUCUUGUAGGGAUGGGGAAAAGGAGGGGGAAUCCAGUAGCUUGAGGAAUCUGAAAGCCUGGUCCAGACAAAUGAAACUGCCAACCAGAUAAGCUGCUGACCUGCACUUAAAUGUCCUGCAUUGAUUGAUGGGCGCAUCUUACCUACUGUUAACUGAGGCCUGAGUGUGUGUGGAGAACUACUGGCCCAGUGUUUUUUGUUUUCUUUUGCCUUUAUUUCCUGGUAUUGCAGAGGACCAGCAUUUCAAGACCCUUCUAUUGAAAGAAUAUUAUGUAUUUUCUGCUGUGUUAGUGGUCCUAAAUAUUACAGCUCCUUAUAGCACUUCUGGAAUAUUUUGGACUAUCUAAGUAGAAAAUACCAGCUUUCUUUUUAGUAAGGAAGUCUGACCUCAGUUGGGGCCCAUCUCUGCAUUGUCACUUGGGUUUGGUUCCUGGUACUAGCUGUGAUACUCAUAUUUAUGUUCCAUUAAUUAGGAAUCUUUCUGAAUCUGGUUGCACUGUUGUUUUGAGCAGAGGAGGACAGUGGGGGUAGGGAGUGGUGGCUUUAAGGCUAAUAAAUGCCUUGUCUGGAGAAAGGACAUGCUAGAACUGAAGCAGCUAAGUUUGGACUCCUAGUGGAAAUGGGGCAUGUCAGUCCACCACUUCACCUCACAGAAAUAUUUCCCUAAAUGGAAAUUGGCAGCCUAGGGAGAGGGGGAUGAGGAGAGAGAGAGACACACACACACAAAGUGACAUGGGAAAAAUUAGUAUUAUUAAGUUAUUGUGCAUACACAGAGGCAGCUCUGCCAGUGUUGGAUCUUUCUCAAAAUGUUGCAAUAUCAGUUUCAUGAACACUUUGUGAGCUAAAUCAUCAGCAUUUACAAGGAUCUGCAGAGAAAGCACGUUCUAGUUUGUCAUUUGGAGAGAUUAAAUAUUUCUGCUUUCUGGAAA